UAAUUUAUGUAUAAAAGAAUUAUAUAACUACGAAUUACUAUAAAUAUAAUGAAGAACUGUAAACACAUAACUUUGCGAACUAAAGUAAAAGUUAACACUUUCGAAAUUACUCAUACCUUAUAUACUUGUUUAUUUCUAUUUGUACAAUGACGUAUUUUGACUUUCGAGUUUUAACGUAUGUCUUUUAUAAAAAUUUUAUUUUUACUGCUUAAUUUUAUUGUGCAUGCUACUUCCAAGGAGAACGUCCGUUUUUAUCCUUUCGGGCAUUCGAAGCUUUGAGAAAAUGUAACCUUGAUUCUGCUACGUGUAUUAAUUGCACACCGGCGUUAUUCUGAUGAAGCGUCUAACAAGAGUAGCAAGCUUUUUUAUUCUGUUUAUCCGUAGUUGGAUGGAAGAAUAGUGGAAAGUGGAGGGAAAAGAAACGACACAGGAAAGGGCGUGAUUCGCUUUCUGCCAACGGAUCCGCCAGCUAAUCUUCCGAAAUGAUCGACAGAUCAGAUUAAUGGAGUUUCACGCUAAAUUAUGCACUCCCAUUCUUUCGCGUCUUGCGUUUAAUCAAGAUGCGAUCUUGAUUCUGUACACCGUGAAAUAUAUCGCGCGGAGAGUACAUCUUACUUCCUCAACAAUUACGAUCUACAAUUAUGCUUUCCUCGGAAUUGCGCUGCAAAAUUCUCAAUAUCACGAGUUUCACACGUGGGUGCACUUGGUUUUCCUUUCUUUUCCUUUGAAUUUUAAACGUAUGGGAUAAGGAAUGAUUGCAAAAGUCUUUACUUUCGAUGAUGCAGGAGAAUUUGAGAUUCGCUUAGCGGCGUACGGUAACGGUUGUUAAGACUUUAAUAUCACGUGGAGGAAUUCAAUACUCCCAACUUUCCUGGUGAAAAACAAGUCUUCAAAAUUAGGAGAUUUAUAAGAGAAUGUCUCGCGCGGCUCUAUCUGACUUCCGAACAGGUGCAUCCUGCAGAAGGAGCGCGAUGAUGCAGACGUGAGGAGUCUCCCACUACCUUGAAAAGGACCGAAUCCAUUUCAUCUGGUGGAGGCAACUUUCAGCGGAAUACGCUAUAUAAGAGAGUGACAUGCCGGCUGGCCAAGAUAAAGCACGCGUGUGUUGUUGAUCUUUCGCAGUAUUUUGCCCGUCUUAUCGAACUGUCCUAGUAUUUUCGUCAGUGACAGGAUGUAUUGGGUGCUUCUAGGGUUGCUCAGUUCCGCUAUCGCGGCGCAGAAUUCCUACGACUUAGAAACCAGAGCUGUUUCGUUUCCCGGCAAGCCAAGUAGCUUAGGGCCGCUUUACUCGCCCGGCUUAAGUUCCGCCCAAGGAUUCCGUGAUAACAGUUACGAGGAUAACGCGGUGACGCCCACGCCGUCGCCGACGCCAAUCUACAGGAGUCCUAAUCAACAACCGUUAUAUCGCAAGCCAACGGCAUCGCCGAUAGACACCCGCGAUUACACCCAAGCCAUCCGCGUUGGUUCUGCACCGCGCGCUUCCGCUCGGGGCGGACAGCCCCAGCAGUUCGGCCCCAAUGGACCCACCCAGGAGGAACUCGAAGAGGAGAAGGAGGAGCCCGAUCGUCUCAGCCUUCUUCUACCCCAGAGCAGAUUCGAUUGCGUCAACAAGCAGACUGGCUACUACGCUGACGAGGACCUCAACUGCGAGGUCUUCCACUAUUGUCAGGACAACGCCAAGCACUCGUGGAUCUGCCCCGAGGGCUUCACUUUCCACCAGGUACAUCUAAUCUGCAUGCCACCCAGCGGCGACAUCAGCUGCAAGAAGAGCUCGCAGUACCAUUUCGUCAACGAGUAUUUGUAUAAGCCGUUGAACCUUCAAGAAGCCGAGACCAAGCCCAACGUCACGUUAAGAUACAGCGAGAGGUAUUACCCCUCUGAUAUCUACACGGACGAGAGGGAGGCCGACGAUUAUCAGAUCACUCCUACGCCCGCCCCCGUGCGUCGUCCUGCCCCGCAGAUCCUUGUGAGUCCGCAGCCAAAUUUGAACAGCAUUCCCACGUCGGCCCGUCCGCAGCCCACAGGACUUCCGCAGUAUCGUUUCCCGGUGAAUCAGGUAUUCCGCAGCCCCGAGGAAGUCAACAUUCCCCUUCAGCACAGACGGCCGCAGCAGCAACAGCACCACGUUCUCAGACGGUUCCCUCAAGUUCAAGUCCGACCCGAUGAAGAGGACUACGAAUAGAUCCUUAGAUCCGCGAAUUCUUCAGUUUACUCCAAUUAUUUCGUCCCUCUAACUUUCUUUAAGUUCUAUAAAUCAAUGAUUUAAAAAGUAAGCUAUUAAGUCUCUAAUACUUGUUUUACAAAAUCAACCAAAAACGCGGUAUUCGACACGCUCGAGGUUUCUCGUUGAUCAUUGGUGAUUUUUUGUAUUGUUAUAUUUUUCUAUACAAGAACUUAUAAAUAAAAAAAGUAACGAGAAAAACUGCAAAAGGGACGAGUUUAUAACGUAUAUCUUUAAAAGUGUUAUUAAUAUUCGUUUGCAUAUAUAAUUAGAACUUUGUUCGUCAAAAGUUUUCUUAUCUUGCGCAUUCUCAUUUUAUAAAAUCUUCUCUGCAACGUCCGAAAUCAAUAGUGUUAAGAGACAAGAAUAAAUCUCGUUAAAUUAACGAUAUGUUAAUAAUUAGUAUGUUCUUUUUUCUAAUUAAUUAAAUGUUAAUAUAAGGCUGAUGAAGAGAUAAUUUAAUUCGCGGUGCAAUUAUUAUGAAAGUAGUUUAAUUAUUGUAAAUAAACCACCAUUAAUA